AUGUACUUCACCAAAUCCUCCGUUGUUGCUUUCAGCCUUUUGGCUUCCUCUUCGCUUGUGGCUGGCCACAGCGCUAUUAUCAAGGCAGUUGGUGAUGCAGGUGGUGCGGGUUCUGCCAUUGGUGUCGAUCCCAACACCCCUCGUGACGGCACGAGGCGCCAGCCCUUCCAGCAAGAUGCAACCCGGUUCAAGGGUGAUGCUGCAGCUAUCUGCGGCGAGACUCUUGGUGGAGGCGACAACGACAUUACCUCCGGUACAGCUCAGGUCAUGCAACUCAACGGCCCUACGCUUCCCCAGGUCUCCGCCGGCGGAGCACUCAUGAUGACUGUUCACCAAGUCAACGGAGAUGGUGCCGGCCCUUAUAAGUGCAUGAUCGACGCCACGGGUACCGGGACCGCAUGGACGCCUAUGACCGUCACCCAGAAUCUCGCGGGUAACGCAAGAGGCCGCAAUAACGACAACCAAAUGAUGGAUCUGCCUCUCAACGUUCAAAUUGCUGCCACCCAGAACUGCACUGGAACAGUCGCUGGUCAGACCAACGUCUGCAUGGUACGCUGCGAGAACCCUGCUCGUGCUGGUCCUUUUGGUGGUUGUGUCCCAGUUCAGAUGGCUGGUGCCGCUGCUGCUGCUCCUGCAGCCACUGUUCCGUCUGCCGCUCCCGCCGCUGCCGCUCCUGCUUCCGUCGCCCCUGCUGCCGCUGCCGCUCCUGCUACUUCCGCUGCCGCCGUUCCUGCUGUUCCUCAGAAUGCUGCCACGAGCCUCCAGAGCACUGCCUCAACCGCCCAGGGUGCCGCUGCUCGCAAGCGAACGGCGCUAAAGAACGGUCAAGGAGUUGCUCCCUUGCUCACGAAUGACGAUCAGGAGGAGGAGGUUGCGGUUACUGAUGAUGAUCAAGAGGAGGAGCUCGAGUUCUGA